AUGAGCCGCUGGCAGCAGUGCCAGCGCUCCGCUAACACCAGCGAGCCCAGCGAGAUGCGCCAGCGUGGGAACUCGACGGGGCGUGCGACCGAGAGCUGCAGCGCUGUCUCCGUGGCAUUCCCGGUGACGAUGAUGAUCACAGGCAUCGUCGGUAAUGCCCUGGCGAUGCUGCUGGUGUCUCGCAGAUACCAGGCAAAGGGAAACCGGAGGAAGAGGUCGUUUCUCUUGUGCAUCGGCUCGCUGGCGCUCACCGAUAUGCUGGGGCAGCUGCUCACCAGCCCCAUCGUCAUCUCUGUGUAUCUAGCCAACCGCUCCUGGCAGGCUGUGGAUCCCUCAGGGCGUCUCUGUGUCUUCUUUGGCUUCAGCAUGACUAUGUUUGGGCUGUGCCCUCUGUUCAUAGCCAGUGCCAUGGCAGUGGAGAGGACACUGGCCAUCCGCGCGCCGCACUGGUACGCCAGCCACAUGAAGACACGCGUCACCAAGCUGGUGCUGCUCGGCAUCUGGCUGGGCGUCAUCACCUUCGCCCUCCUGCCCGUGGCUGGGCUGGGGCAAUACACCCUGCAGUGGCCUGGCACCUGGUGUUUCAUCAGCACUGGGGACAGCCAGCUCAGUGGGAGUCUCAUCUUUGCCGCCACCUUCGCCGUGCUGGGGCUGCUGUCGCUGGUGGUGACGAUGGUGUGUAACUUGGCCACCAUCCAGGCGCUGGUGUCUCGCUGUCGGAGCAAGGCCAGCGCCGCACACUCCAACAAGCAGUGGGGACGGAUCGCCAUGGAGACACUCAUCCAGCUCCUGGGCAUCAUGUGUGUCCUCUCAGCCUGCUGGUCACCACUGCUGCUGACAAUGCUGAAGAUGAUCUCCACACACACGUUUGAGCACUGCAGAGGGUUCUCCGUGGAAGCUCCAAGCUCAGAACUGCACGAGGAGUGCAACUUCUUCCUGACUGCUGUGCGCCUCGCCUCACUCAACCAGAUCCUCGACCCCUGGGUCUACCUGCUGCUCAGGAAGAUCCUCCUCCAGAAGUUCUGCCAGGCAGCCAACGCCGUCUCCAAGUGCUCCAACACUGAGUGGAAGGAGAGAUCGAUCACCUUGACUGAGGAGAUCCGACGGACCACGGCUUGA